CCCCUGAGUGCUUAUUGUUUACUUUGAUUCCUUAUACUUUGUUACAACUGCAGUAACAGUCUUGGGACCAGAGGAAAGGAUACCCAGGGUGGACGGGGGCUGGGUGGGGAAACGGUGCUGGGCGGAGUGGUAAUCUGUGCUCCUGGCAAUCGGAGGGCAGGGUAAGGCGGGAACCAGGUAAGCCCCCCUGGUGGAGGGGGCAGGAGGAAAGGACAAGGCGAGGAAGACUUCCGGCUGGCUCUGGAAUGCGGGGCGGGCAGCCAGAUCUGCAGGUGUGCGAGCCUGCGAGCGCAGGAGCGGGGAUAGUGGUGCCGCCGCGGGCAACCGCGCAUGCGCGCGGCACGGGCGCACGGUGGCGGCGGCGCGCCGCAUCCGCUUCCUCCUCCGCUCGGCCCGGGGUCUGCGUCUCCGCGGCCGCCACGCGCCGGCUCCCGGCGUGAGCGGAGGACUCCCGGGCUGCCUCGGUGCCGCCUGGCGCCGCGGAAGCGGGGUUCCAGCUGGCCUUCCCCGAGUUCUCCGCGGAUCGCGACCCCCAUUUCCCCUCCCUGCCGGCAAACUCUCGGCGACCGGAAGUCGGGGCAGGCCGGAACACUGCGCAGGCGCAGGCCGCGAAGGGUCCUGGUGGGAAGCAGCGGGGACCCGGCUGCGGUGGGACUGCACUUCCGUGUGCGCCCACAUCUGCGCUCCGGACGGCUCCAGACUGUGAACGAGAGCCACCGACCUGAAUUCAUAGAGCUGAGAAAGUGGCUGAAAGAUAGACAGUUUGAAGACACAGGCUUAGUACCCGCCCGCUUUCCAGGAACAGGAAGAGGGCUGAUGAGCAAAACAUCACUGCAGGAAGGACAGACGAUUAUUUCAUUGCCCGAGAGCUGUCUGCUCACCACGGACACUGUGAUUCGAAGCUCCUUAGGGCCCUACAUUAAGAAGUGGAAGCCUCCUCCAUCUCCUCUGCUGGCCCUGUGCACGUUUUUAAUCUCAGAAAGGCAUGCAGGAGGUCGGUCCCCCUGGAAAUCUUACCUGGACAUUUUACCCAAGUCAUACACCUGCCCGGUCUGCUUGGAGCCGGGAGUGGUGGCUCUUCUGCCCGAGCCUUUAAAGGCGAAGGCGGAAGAACAGAGAGCCCACGUGCGGGACUUGUUUGCCUCCUCCGGAGCCUUCUUCUCUACCCUGCAGCCUCUGUUUGUGGAGCCUGUGGGCGGCAUUUUCAGCUACAGUGCCUUCCUGUGGGCCUGGUGCACCGUGAACACCAGAGCUGUGUACCUGAGGUCCACGAGGCAGGAAUGCCUUUCCGCAGAGCCCGACACGUGCGCGCUCGCACCGUACCUGGAUCUGCUGAACCACAGCCCACAUGUCCAGGUGAAGGCGGCGUUCAACGAGAAAACCAGCCGCUAUGAGAUCAGGACGGCCUCGCGCUGCAGGAAGCAUCAGGAAGUGUUCAUUUGCUACGGUCCCCACGACAACCAGCGGCUGCUCCUGGAGUACGGCUUCGUCUCCAGCUGCAACCCUCACGCCUGCGUUCCCGUGCCAGGAGACGCGCUGGUUAAGUACCUCCCGGCAGCAGAUAAACAGAUGCACAAGAAGAUGUCCAUCCUGAGGGACCACGGCUUCACAGAAAAUUUGACGUUUGGAUGGGAUGGACCUUCUUGGAGGUUGCUCACAGCUCUUAAGUUGCUGUGUCUGGAAGCUGAGAAAUUUACGUCCUGGAAAAAAGUACUCCUUGGUGAAGCAAUCUCAGAUACAAAUGAGAAGACAAGCUUGGGCAUAGCCCAGAGGAUAUGCUCUGACUUCAUGGAGGAGACUCAGGCUGUGCUGCACAAGGUUUCUGACAUGAAGGAGGGGAAGGCGCUCCCGGCACAUGAGCUCACUCUGGUGGAGUCUCUGCGGAAGGAAGAGCUGAGCAUCCUCCAGGCUUCCGCCGAGAUCAUGAGCAGCUCACGAGCCCUCUCUCCCUGACGUCACCGAGGCCUGAGGUUCCCUCCCAUGGAGGGCGGACUUCCCGCGUUUGCACUGCGGUCGGAAUAAACACUUUUAUACGAGGUUA